AUGUCGUCCAAUGCAGGACAGAUCCCGGUUGUCUCUAAAUCGGCAAAUAUCGCAAAUACCUCGCCUGCGCCUGCGACAUUCCACACAACAGCCCCAUCCGACAGUGGUUCCCAACGACGUGUGGGGGGAUCUGGAAGCUUUGGAGCCGGUCAGUCUUCGAGGGCGUCUGCUGCCAGGAAUAUUCAAAUCCGAAAAAACCAGCAUAAACGGCAGAGAAAACCACGGCUAUUGGAUGAUGACGAGUAUAGCGAAUCGGCCGUGAUGAGAUCAACCAACAGUCGCAAGGGACAGACGUCCAUUACCCAUCUGAUGAACUUUUCUCUGCCACCUCGUCCACAAUAUCAGCCUCUGUCUCGCAACACUCGACGCUACCAGUCAUAUAACUCUGGCUCUGGUUACCAUGCCGUAGAUAAGGCGCGCUAUGUUCAUGCCAACUACCGCUUUAUUGUCUCACCAGAUCGCAGCUACCAUGCCCAGGCUGCCAAUGCCGAUGUCCAUCUAGAUUGGGAUUCUGUUCUUCAGGUCCUUGUUUCUGCUCAAACCCAAGCUGCCAGCUGUCCGAUUUGCCUUUCUAUGCCAGUUGCACCCCGAAUGGCUCGCUGUGGACAUAUAUUUUGUCUGCCUUGUCUAAUUCGAUAUAUGCAUGCCUCUGAUGAUGACAACCAUGUUCCCGAGAAAAGACCGCGGUGGAAAAAAUGCCCAAUAUGCUGGGAUUCUAUUUAUACCUCGGAAACUCGUCCUGUGCGUUGGUUCCGUGGUCAAGAGGGUGACCUCCCCGUUGAGGGUGGAGAUGUGGUGCUGAGGCUGGUAAAACGAGUACCUGGCAAUACUCUUGCUUUGCCUCGCGACGGUGCCGAAACCCUUGGGGCUGGUGAAGACAUUCCAUGGUUCCAUGUCGCUGAGGUUGCGGACUACGCUCGCAUAAUGAAAGGAGGGGAAGACUAUAUGUCAUUCCAGUACGAUGAGGAAGUCGAAGAACUGCGGAAGCAGGAAAUUGAAGAUGAACUGUUGUUUGGUGACGAGAACACUUGGACUCGCAAAGCCAUUGCCGCUGUCAGGGAUGCGAAAGAGAAAUUGAAGGGCAUUGGAAAUCCACCAGAUGUUCCACGUCAGCCCUCGGCCUCUAAAAUGACCGAAGAGUCUGAAGUAGAAGCCAGAGCUUCCGGAGCUGUUACAUCAGAGGGCACAGCUUCAUCUGCUAGCGGAUCCUCCUCCAAACUUGUUUCGGAAUCGAAUACAGAGACUGCACAUUCUGCUAUCGAAUCCAUAUCCACGCUAGCUACCCCGGAAAAGGCGGAUCAGCUCUCAGUGGCCAUGGACAAAGUUCGGCUAAACGCUGAUGCCCCUAUCAACCCAACUUCAAGGGGCAAGAGCAAAGAGACCCAAAGACCCCAUCCUCCGGAUCAGCCUUAUUAUUUCUAUCAAGCUUUGCCUCAAUUCUACUUGUCACCCCUCGAUAUACGCAUUCUUAAGUCAGCAUUCGGAGAAUACGCCUCGUUCCCUGCAACCAUUCUCCCUCGAAUUGAACACAUAUCGACGGGCCAUAUGGUUGAUGAUGAUCUUCGUAAACGAGUUAAAUAUCUAGGGCAUCUUCCAUACGGUUGUGAGGUGAAUUUUCUGGAGUGCGACUGGAGGGAUGUUGUUGUCCCCGAAGUGCUGGCACGUUUCCGCUCCGAAACUGACAGGAGGCGAAAGCGCAAUCGUGAUAAAGAAGCCCGUGAGGAGAAGGAUCGCAUUCGUGCUGAGAAGGAGGAGGAGGAUAAGCGCUGGGCCACAGCGCGGCGCAAGCGACCAAGUUUUGGUAGUACUAGCGAAGCGCCCUUCUCGGCCCAUGAUUUCCAACCGCUGUCCAACCAUUCCGACUCGCCAUUGUUUGAUGCUAGCGCUUCUUCGGCUUCUCCUCCUCGUUCAUCUUCACAAUUCGGAGCUUUAGCCUCCCCAUCCACAAGCCCUCCGGGACUUCGUACUGUUUGGGGGACUACAGCUAUCCCGUCCCUGUCUCCGACCUCGGCAACUCAGCAGGAUAUGCAAAAUGACGGUUGGUUACAUGGUUGGGAAGAUGAGCUUUUGGCUCGCCAGACAUCCGAAUUGAUUUCUCAGACUGCCCCUGAGGCCGAUUCAUCGGGUCCGUCCUCUACCGCCGGCGGCGGUGGAGGUGGAGGCAAGAAAAAGAAAAAGAACAAGAACAAGAUUACCUUGAUGUCAACUAAUAUUCAGAGAGGGGCAUAG